CUCUACUUGACCAUCAUGCCUGACAAGGACGAACCCACUCGGAUUGAAAUACCAUACACCAGAGAGUAUCUCCGGGGACGAAACUGUGCAGAGCUUGUCAGAUUCAUUGACCGUCAAUCCACCAAGUGGUCAUCGGCAUAUCCGUAUAGCAUUACCGAUGGAGCGAGGACUCUCACAGCAGCCCUGUUGAAUACCCGCAAUGGCUUUACCCGGGAAGCGACACCUCCUCUACCAGAGCCAGAAGACAAUUCUAAGUCUGACAAGCACUUCGGCGAGUCCGACAACAACGAGAAGCUUGACAAUAAUCAGAUUGUCUCCGAAGUCAACAUUAAAGUGUUCCUCGAUGACAAGAGGUUCGGCGGAACCAAACGAUCCGGUAUCAUUUCGAUAGCAGUCGAGAAACAGGAAAUCAACGGGCAAGAUCUGUGGUGUGCGAACGCCCAAGAAGUCCUUGUUUCUAUGCAGGGGUCAACGUUAAAGCUACAAGGUCAUAACGUUCGCAUGCUGUGCCAGGACCCCGACGAUCACGAAUUUUGGACUGUAUUCGCAACCUUCUCUACUGAUACUCUGGACAAACCGACAUUUACUCCCGGAAUUGAAUUUCUACCACUUUUUGUCAACAACCAACUUCGCUUGCAGGUGGAAUCUGAUGAACUUACAUUCACUCCAAAGAAACGACGCCUCAGCUCCGACUCUGACAACGACAGUGAUGACGCUGAACAGGUCUUCAGCACUCAAGAUCCCAACGCUGUUCCCCUCCAUCAGGCCAAGAAACGCCACCAAGUGAAAUCAGUGGCUGAGCAAGCUAAUGUCGCGUGGCUAGAAGGAGAGAUUUCGAAGGAAAGUGGUUAUAAGGGGUUUAUCCGUCGUCGUGGAAGACAGAUGGACAAUCAAGAGGCCAUAGAGCAUUGGAAUUUCAUCGCGUUUGUCGGCGAGAAGUAUCGGGACACUCAAUUAAACAAGACGACAAAGAAAGUUAAGAACUCACUGAUUUGGAAGGCACUCGAUAUUGGGUCAUCAACGUUCUAUGCCGCUGAGACAGCGAGCAAGGUACUGAAGAAUCACAAAGACUCCCCCGAGAUUAUCGAACGUCUCGAAGUCGAAGACGGAAGCACUCAUUUAUCAAGUUUCCUGUCUAAGUUUGCAAAGAAUAUCAAGUCACAUAGCUAG